CGCUAAAUUCUACCUGCCCUGCCUGUAACGCCUGCCUUACCAGCUUACCUACCUAGCGGUCCUAGCCAAGCAGCCAUACCCAUGUUAAUCCUACGGCAAAUUACCCUUGAUUAAACUUUGGAGGUAAUAAAAAUACUUUACACGCGUCUAUGAACAUUGAGGCUUCUUGACUUUGCAAACCUCUGCAGAGCUUCAAUCUCCUUUCUAGGUCUCGUGUUGUCUUCGAUUCGAAAGUCCUCUAUCGCUUUAUCAUUUUAUCGAUUUCUGGGAAGAGGCAAAUCUGAUUUCUGGAUUUUUAUGAUUCUUGAAGUCGCUCCUGCCAGGUUGUCGCAAUCAACGCGUUAGUCGGCUCCACAGCCCCGGGCGCAGCGUCGUAGGUUGCUUUAAACGCUUUAGCUGUUAACAGAUAGCACAGAUAGCGCCCAUUCUUUUUUCUUUUCUUCCCCUGAUUUUAGUCAAUCCUCCCAGAUCUUCCCCUUCUCGCCCUAACCCUCGAAUACGAUAUCGCCAACAAAACAACUUCUCACCCUCCCAAUCGCAAAAAGGUUCCAAACUCGAGGCGAUCAAUAUCAACGUUCAACGUCCAUCGUCCAACGUCCAACACCGCAAUCAUGUCGGAUAAGAAGAACGAGGAUUACGUCGUUCGCAUGCCCGACUCGGGGAUGCGAAGUCCCUACGGAGGAGAGAAGGAUCCGUUCAUCCCGCCUCGCCCACUGAGAGCCUCAUCUCAGCACAACAUUGCCAGCUCCGUGGCCAAGAUAGAGAACAGCCCGGCUACGUCCAUUCUAGCGUACUGCCUUUCUUCGAUUAGUAUGACCGUCGUCAACAAAUACGUCGUUUCCGGUUCCGAAUGGAACUUGAACUUCUUCUACCUCGCAGUUCAGUCAAUCGUUUGUAUAGUGACGAUCGAGGCCUGCAAGCAAUUAGGUUUAAUUAAGAACCUUGCACCCUUCGACAUAAACAAGGGGAAGCGAUGGUUCCCUAUCUCUCUUCUCCUGGUCGGUAUGAUCUACACGAGCACGAAGUCUCUACAAUACUUGUCGGUUCCUGUGUAUACGAUCUUUAAGAACUUGACCAUCAUCGUCAUCGCCUACGGUGAGGUUCUAUGGUUCGGCGGAAGCGUCACGCCUUUGGCGCUGCUCUCUUUCGGUCUCAUGGUCCUCAGCUCCGUCGUCGCAGCCUGGGCGGACACCCGCAGCGCCGCUCAGACCCCCGAGGCCGCCGCCGCCCUCGCCACCUUGAACGCCGGCUACGCCUGGAUGGGACUGAACGUUUUCUGCACGGCUUCCUAUGUUCUGGGUAUGCGUAAGGUCAUUAAGAAUAUGAACUUCAAGGACUGGGACACCAUGUUCUAUAACAACUUCCUUACCAUUCCCGUCCUAAUCGUCUGCUCUCUUGUCGCCGAAGAUUGGUCCAGCGCGAACUUGACGAAGAACUUCCCGCCGGAGUCCCGGAAUGCUCUUUUCAUCGGCAUGAUCUACUCCGGCAUGGCUGCCAUCUUCAUCUCCUACUGCUCUGCGUGGUGCAUCCGGGUUACGUCUUCUACCACCUAUUCUAUGGUCGGCGCUCUCAACAAGCUUCCGAUUGCCGUCAGCGGUCUCAUUUUCUUUUCUGCGCCCGUUACCGUCGGCAGCGUCUCCGCCAUCUUCAUCGGUUUCGUCAGCGGUAUCGUGUACGCGUGGGCGAAGGUGCGCCAGUCUCAGGUGGCCAAGAACUCGCUGCCGACUACGCAACCUACCAUGAGCGCGAGCUCUCAGAGCAACCGCGACGCCGCCAACUCGUAAAUAAGGAGCAUACGUUACCCUUAGCGAGUCUUGCGGCCGUGCUUCCGGUAGCAAAAGCCGUGGCCGGUUUGAGCCAAUGCAAUUCUAAACGGGCAGCAUGCACUGCGAGACGGUCAAGCGCCUAUGCGUCAACGCCCCCAUUUCGACCCUUACUACUGUAUAAUAUUUACCCAUCCUUUCCGAACAGGUGGUGUGAAAUAGAGGGGCGGUUGAUUUCAGGUAUAGACUUUUUAACUUAUAAUGAGAAAACGGAGCUUUACGGAUAUGGGGAAAGUCAUUCAUCAUAUUUUGGACGGCGCAAGACAGGAACGAAGACCUCGAGACCUGUUUUGGGGGGUUCGAGGCAUCAUCAUUUCAAGAAAUAGCCAGACUCGGGAAAGAGGCCAUACGCGGCUUCGGUUCUUGACUAUGCGAAUCGAGCAUGUUGAAUCGGUGUUGAAAGGGGGAACAGGCACAUCAUAUAUAUGAAUAUGAAUAUGUGAGCUGUCUAUUUUAGCAGUCAUAAUAAAGAAGCUACAAACACAUAUAUCUGACUGUCUGAUAUUAAUUGCGUUUCUGCUUGAUAGAUGAAGUGAAUAAGCCACUUAAUAUAGUAUGUAG